UUGCCUUCGUCUUCCAUUUUCUCACUCCGCAGCCGCUUCAGGUUUAGAGAGAGCACACUAGAGCUUCAAACAAUGGUGUCCGGCUCGGGAAUCUGCGCCAAGCGCGUGGUCGUCGACGCGCGCCACCACAUGCUCGGACGCUUGGCCUCUAUCAUCGCCAAGGAGCUCCUCAACGGCCAGAAGGUCGUCGUCGUUCGCUGCGAGGAGAUCUGCAUCUCCGGUGGACUCGUCCGUCAGAAGAUGAAGUACAUGAGGUUCUUGCGUAAACGAAUGAACACCAAGCCGUCGCAUGGCCCCAUCCACUUCCGCGCCCCUGCUAAGAUCCUCUGGCGCACCAUCCGUGGGAUGAUUCCACACAAGACUAAGCGUGGAGCUGCUGCUCUUGCGCGUCUGAAGGCCUAUGAGGGAAUUCCACCACCAUAUGACAAGAUCAAGAGGAUGGUUAUCCCCGAUGCUCUCAAGGUCUUGAGGCUUCAAGCAGGACACAAAUACUGUUUGUUGGGCAAGCUGUCAUCAGAGGUUGGAUGGAACCACUAUGAUACUAUCAGGGAGCUUGAGAAGAAGAGGAAGGAGAGAUCUCAGAUCGCAUAUGAGAGAAAGAAACAGCUGAACAAACUGAAGGUCAAGGCAGAGAAGGUGGCUGAAGAGAAACUCGGUGCUCAUCUAGAGAUCAUUGCUCCCAUCAAGUAUUGAGUAGUAGACAUUUGUCUUUUAAGAUGAAAAUGUUGUGAACCCCGUGGAGAGUUCGUUUUCCUAAUGAUACUUCAUUUUUGUGUUUGUGGUCAAAGAUGGUCAUAAUUUUGUAUGCUGUCUUAUUUAUAAAUUAGCGGAGUUGUUUUUCCAA